GUGAUUGCAACUAAAAUGAACAAAACGUCUUGUUUUAUACUGAAUUCUCCCCUUUCUCACCUAACUCUUGUUUGAUUGCUUUCUUUGUUUCAAUUAAAUUAUCUCCCAAUUUUUCUUUUUUAGUUUUCUUUAUUUUUCCUCUCCUUGAUCGUUGUUAGCUGCAAAAAGGUUACGUCAGAAAUGGAUUUUUUCUUCAGAGGCCUAAAUGAGGAAUUUUCAUCUUCCCAAAUGGACAUUCUUAGAUGUCCAUUUUUGAGAAACAUUAACGAGCCAACUAACUUUUCCUUCUCGUCUGCCUUGCCUUUUCCCAUGCCGGUACGAGGAGCCAAAGGUCCAAUAUUUGAAGAUGGACCCAAUUUCGACAUGGCAUUCAGGCUUUUCCAUGGACGUGACGGAGUAGUUCCGCUAUCUGGACAAUCAUCCUUGCGUAUUGAGAAAGCUGAGACCGAAACAGCCCCACCAAAGUUCAAUCCUUUGGCUGCAAAGGCAGCCACCAUUAGUCUCUCAUCCUUUGGACCGGGAGGGCCUUUCAGUUUUGAUGCAUUUUCUAAUAAGUGGAACAAUCAGAAAGGAAAAGGGAAAGGAAAAUCGUCCAAGAAAGAGUCUUCUUCACAGGGUGGAAAAUCGAAUCAUGAAGCUAUGGGCAAUGAAUGGCUGCAAAACGGGAACUGUCCGAUUGCAAAGUCGUAUAGGGCGGUCAGCGGUGUUUUGCCACUAGUUGCGAAAGUUUUGCAGCCGCCACCGGGGAUGAAAUACAGGUGCCCACCUGCAGUUGUUGCAGCCCGGGCAGCACUAGCACAAACCGCAUUUGCCAAGAAUCUCCGCCCACAAUCCUUACCCACAAAAGUACUGGUGAUCGGGGUGUUAGGCAUGGCGGCAAAUGUUCCGUUAGGGAUAUGGCGGGAACACACUGAAAAAUUCUCACCAUCUUGGUUUGUGGCUAUCCAUGCAGCUGUUCCAUUCAUAGCCAUGCUCCGGAAAUCAGUGUUGAUGCCAAAGACAGCUAUGGCAUUUACCAUUGCAGCGUCCGUAUUAGGACAGGUUAUCGGAUCUAGGGCCGAACGAUAUCGAUUGAAAGCAGUAGCAGCAAAGCGAUUAGGUAUGGUGGAAUCAUCGGUUUCUGUGGGUGGUGCGAACCAGUUGGACAUCGUUGCAGUUAAGAACAGUGAUUGCAGGAAAGAUGUGGCGGAAUGGGAGCCAGUUUCCAUACAGGUUGCAAUGGCAGGGCCGCCUUCAUCCACAGAUGUGUAUUGCUAAUAAUAUCUUUAAAGAGACUGCCGUUUCUGCAUAAGAGAGUAAUCCUUGAUGUGUUUAAACAGAGAAGUCCAAAGUCGUGGACCGUUUGUUUCUAUUUAUGUUUUGUAGUGUUCCUUUGUUGAACCCAGACAUCAAUGUUUUUGUUUUGGCAAAAAUCAUGGACUUAAUAAAAGAUGCAGAAACCCAAAUUUCUUCA